CUCGGUCAUAUAGCCAUCAGUACCUUCGAUGGGAGCACCUCAAGCGUUUGGACGACUUGCACCAUCUCUUCAGUAACUUUGAUGGGGAAUUCGACAUUAAGCAGGGAAAAUGCCUGUGAUGAAGGGAUUAUUAGCGCCGCAGAACACGUUUCUGGACACUAUAGCCACUCGGUUUGAUGGCACUCACAGCAACUUCAUCCUGGCCAAUGCUCAGGUGUCGAAGGGGUUUCCCAUUGUCUACUGCUCCGAUGGCUUCUGUGAGCUCACAGGCUUCUCUCGGGCAGAGGUCAUGCAGAAGAGCUGCGCCUGUAAGUUCCUGUAUGGUCCUGAGACAAGCGAAAGCAUCAUCCUCAGCAUUGACGAGGCUUUGGAGGAGCGCAAAGAGUUUAAGGACGAGAUCAUGUUCUACAAAAAGACAGCUGUGUUGUUCUGGUGCCUGCUGGACAUUGUGCCAAUUAAGAACGAAAAAGGCGACGUGGUGCUCUUUCUGGCUUCAUUUAAGGACAUCACCGACACUAAAGUCAAAGCCAUCCAAGAAGACAAGAGGGACGAGCGACGGCGCGGCAGGGUGAAAACAGGCUCUCCUUUCAGCUCAGCUCGUCUGCGGAGCAGUACCGUACUUUACCACAUCUCUGGGCACCUACACAGCAGAGAGAAGAGCAAGAUUAAACUCAACAAGAAUGUGUUUGGCGACCUACCUGCUCUGCCCGAGUAUAAGGUAGCAGAUGCCAAGAAGUCCAAAUUCAUCUUACUACACUACAGCACAUUCAAAGCAGGAUGGGACUGGCUGAUUCUGCUCGCCACGUUCUACGUUGCUGUGACGGUGCCCUAUAACGUGUGCUUCAUCGGUAAUGAUGACGACCUGACCCGCAGCACAACCGUCAGUGACAUUGCCGUGGAGAUAUUGUUCAUCAUAGACAUUGUUUUCAAUUUUCGUACCACUUAUGUCAGCAAGUCAGGCCAGGUGGUCUUUGACGCGCGACAGAUAUGCAUCCACUACCUGACCACGUGGUUUAUCAUCGACUUGGUGGCCGCGUUGCCCUUUGACCUGCUCUAUGCCGUGAAAGUCAGCGUGGUGUCAGUGGUGCACCUGUUGAAGACUGUGCGGUUAAUUCGACUGCUGAGGCUGCUCCAAAAGAUGGACCGCUACUCGCAGCACAGCACUGUGGUUCUGACCCUGCUGAUGUCCAUGUUUGCCCUUCUGGCUCACUGGAUGGCCUGCAUCUGGUACAUCAUCGGCAAGAAGGAAAUGGAGGACAACACGAACAACUGGGAUAUUGGAUGGCUCCAUGAACUGGGAAAGCGUCUGGAGUCACCGUACUAUCCCACAGGAGGUGUUAAUGGUUCUGGCAGUGGUCCCUCCAUCCGAAGCGUCUACAUCUCUUCACUCUACUUCACACUCAGCAGUCUCACCAGCGUGGGCUUCGGCAAUGUGUCAGCCAACACUGAUGCUGAGAAGAUCUUCUCCGUUUGUGUCAUGCUUAUAGGAGCACUGAUGCACGCUUUGGUCUUUGGUAAUGUGACAGCCAUUAUCCAGAGGAUGUACUCACGCUGGUCUCUAUACCACACCAAAACCAAAGAUCUCAAGGACUUCAUACGUGUCCAUCAUCUGCCGCAGAGCCUCAAGCAGCGAAUGCUGGAGUACUUUCAAACAACCUGGUCGGUCAACAACGGCAUCGACUGUAACGAGCUGCUGAAGGACUUCCCAGAUGAGCUGCGAUCUGACAUCACCAUGCACCUUAACAAGGAGAUCCUGGAGCUGUCGCUGUUUGCCUCUGCCAGUCGCGGCUGCCUGCGCUCCCUGUCACUGCACAUCAAGACCUCCUUCUGUGCUCCAGGAGAGUACCUCCUUCGACAGGGUGACGCUCUCCAGGCCAUCUUCUUUGUCUGCUCAGGGUCCAUGGAAGUGCUGAAAGAUGGCAUGGUGCUGGCCAUUCUGGGUAAAGGUGACCUGAUCGGAGCAAACCUGUCCUUGGAUAACCGGGUGAUAAAAACCAAUGCAGAUGUGAAAGCCCUGACCUACUGUGACCUGCAGUGUAUCAACCUGAAAGGACUCUAUGAGGUGUUGGACCUCUAUCCUGAGUACUCUCACCACUUCGUCCAGGACAUCCAGCAGGACCUCACGUACAACCUGAGAGAGGGACACGAGGCACACGUUAAGGCCAGACUGUCCACAACAGCUCUAGAGACGCAGUCAGAGGUGAAGAGGAACGGGCGAGUGGUUCAGGGCUAUCCAUCUAUCACAGAGGCACAGGAGGAACAUGAGGAAGAUGCAGAGCUGGAGGAGCAAGAGGCCGUGUCCGUAUCUUUGUUAUCAGGGCAGAAACGAGCAGUGAACCUCAGGGACGCUGGUGAGAAGUCUCCAAUGUGCGGACCCAGCCAGAAGAGCGUGGCACAAAACUCUAGCAGGUCUCAGAGGAAGAUCCAGGAAAUUACUCUCAACACUUUAGAUCCUUCCAAUCUCAGCCCCAGGAUAGUGGAUGGUACUGAAGACAGUCAGGGGACAGAGAGCUCCCUGGCCUUCUCCUUCUCUAACCAAGGCCAUCCUGUCAGUGAACCAACCAGUGCCUCAGCACCAACCACAGAUAUUCUGCACAUAAGCACAGCCGAAUUAGCAGCUAAAGCAGAGGAGACCAGAGGACAACUGCGACACCUCGAUCAACAGGUGAGCACCCUUCGGAGAGAAGUGGCCGACUUGGGGCAGGUCAUGAAGAGAAUGGCUCAACUCAUGGAGACCCUCAUGACGUCAGUGCCACAACCUGCAGUAGUCUGCCCCACACACUACUCCCCAGCACGCCACACAUACCUACACCAUUCCCCCUCCCGUCAGACUUUCCCUUCACCAUUCCCCUCUCAGACUGCCACAGUGUGGACAGAAACACCCAUGUCAUUACCUUCCUCCCCCCUCAUCAUGUCCCAGCAGCGUAGCGCAUUGUGCCACUCCCUCAUACACAAAACCCAGGACCUCCUUUUGGGGGACAUAGGUAUUCCCAGCUCAACUCCAUCUCCAACUGCCAGCUCAUUGGCCCUUCAAGUGCAGCCAUCCUCUGUGAUCUCAGAGCCACACAUGCCUUUGUGGCACCUCAGCUCUCCAGAGUUUCCCCACUGCAGAGGCAGGGCUUCUAGCUCCAUUAGACCAGGUGCACACAGUCCACCUCCGCAGGACGGAGGACAUGAGGGUCUUAUUCAGAGCUCUGGUGGUUCUCCUCAAACUGGACUCGGGGAUGUCUACCACAACCCAACCAAGGAUUUGUAGCAGACCUUAAUCAGAAAUGUCAAGGAGUCUGCAGGACUUUUUCAAGAACACUUUUUGGGAUAUUUUCCUAAACUCAAGCUCAGACUGAUAAACUGGGGUCCCCUCUAUCACUGGAAAAUGUUUACAGGGACACAACUCAGAUGUUUUUCUUCUUUUUGUUUAAAGGCACGUGUUUCAAAUUCCCAUUGCAUGAAAACAAGUACAGAAGGUUUAGGUGUGUUAGCUUUACCUUAUAGAAACUGCGUGUUGUUAGAGGCUUGGGUCGGUUGUGGAGCUCUGGGCUCUCUGGUCCGCAGUGGCAACUAUCAGCCUACCUCCAGUACCUUCCCCCACAGCAAGCCUGUGCCAUAAUGUAGGAUGGAGGAGAAAAAGAAGAUUUUUUUUUUUUUUGCUUUUGACUGAAAAUGGUUUCAUGCUGGAGGAGGAGAAAGCACUGGGAGUGCUGGGUUUAGAACAAGCGGUGAGGGUGUGUGGUGGAGGGCAACCCUCCCUUUUAACCCUUUUUUCCUUGCUCAUUCAACCAGUGUCAGAUGCUCUGGAGUUCAUGGAACAGUGACUGCCUGGUUGGACUGGGAGCACAGAACGGCAUGAGUGGAGAGAUGGGAAGUAUUGUGCUCUUCACCGCUGGCCCUCAGGAAAGUGGGGGAGGUGGGGGUGGAAGAAGACGGUUAAGGAGGUGGUGGUAGGGUAUGGUGUGCCUCAGGCACCACAGCUCCUGCUGUUGUCUGUCACACUGAGCACAGGGACUUUCUCCCUCUCCGUUUCUCCUUUCCAGUGUUUCUCUCCAUACACCUCUCUCUCUUUCUCCUUCCUUCCUUUCUCUCUCUCUGCAUGCCUAUCCGAGCCUUUUGAGUAGUGCCUGUAGACAAACAUUAACAUGCUGCAUGUCACCCUGUGGAAAUCCAGCUUGCCAUUUAUCUAUCUAUUUAAAGGAAACACAGUUCAGUCUUUAAUAGCUGAACCUGGCAUUUUACUGAUGCAUAUUUAUUGGAUGUGGGCUUAGUUUAAAAAAAAAUCUGAUUAAUUUAGCACAAGAUAGUCGCCCAUGUUGUGAAAAGGCCUGGAGCAAAUAUUACCGAUGCUAAAUUGGUUUAUGAUCCGCAAUGUAGACUUUUUCUCCAGGGUCAUCAAUCCUGAGAUCCACUUUCUCAACUGCUCAGAGUGAAGGCAAUAUCCCCACAUAAAAGCACAAAAAGGACAUAAAGACGCUUUUAUAUUUCUAUGAAUGUAACAAUACUAAAGCUGUAUUUUUUUACCUCAGAAAUUGCACGAGUGUGGGAUGGCAGUAAAUGAUGCUACUGUAUAUAAAAAAGUUAUGGCAGUGCUGUUUGCUGGUAUCAGCUGAUGCAAUCCUAAACCAGGAAAAGGUCAUAACUCUCAUCCCGACAGAUCUACUGUUCUCUUUUGGAUUCAUGUAGGUUUGACUUUGCUUCUCUGCAAAUGGAAUGUACUGUAAUCAAACUUUUAUCCCUAACAUUUUGAUAUUUAUUAGAUACAAAAAAAUGUUAUGCUAAUAAACAGCAAUUAUGACUGUUA